UACCCUUCUCUCACUGCAGCCCCCUGGCGUUGUUAUACUUUGAUCAGAACGAAUACACAUGGGGCCACAGCAAUGCAUUUCUCCCGCGGCGAGUCAGUGUCCAUGAGAUUCCUUCCCUCCACAUUAACAUUUGACGAGUAUUAUAAAGCGUGACGGGCCACAAGUUGAACAUCCCUUCCUCCAGAACUGAUAGCAACAGAACUCUGCGCAUGCGCUAUUGAAAGGGGGGGGGGUGAAUGUUUCCCAAGUGUUUCAAACUGCUAUUCGGCUUUUCCACGUUGUAUGUCGCGUAUGUGGGAAUAAAAAGCUGCGUCGCCGCUCCGGGGUUUAGUGAGUGGGAGGCGGUGAAAGGGACAAAUAGGUAGUAGAGCGUCGAACAGUCGCCAUUACCGGCAGUACGGUGCCCGCUAGUUCCACCCCAGUCCUGAAAUGAUCCUGUGUCUGUAGUCAGUGCCAAACAACAAUUCAUCCCUCCUGCCCGCUGCUACCACUAUUGCUGCUGCCACUACUGCUGCAUUUCUACCCUCCGGCCCCCACCUUUUCCCCACCCCUUCACACACAAACACACCCCACUACCUCCUUCCCGACUUCUCCAGAUAGACAGCCAUUCAAUCAGCUGCUGCACUUUUUUUUCCUCUUCUUUUCACACAGUACAACCACAUCUCCAUGCACCUCCGCGGCGCCGGCAGCCUCAUGCCAGGCUCACCCUGCCGCCUUCUUUGUGUUUCGUCCCCUGUGUGUUAGUAGUCGGCGAGGAGACGGUUGCAUUUGUUCUAGGAGGGGGGUUGGCAAGUGCUUUGCAGAGGGGAAAGAUCCUGGAUCAGACAGGAGCCCGGCGGGGUGUUAGUGCUGGAGACUGCAGCCGCACAAGAUGCUGAGCCCGGCAAACGGAGAGCACAUUCACAUGGUGAACUAUGUAGAGGAUUACCUGGACUCCAUCGAGUCUCUGCCUUUCGACCUGCAAAGAAAUGUCUCUCUCAUGAGGGAGAUCGACGCCAAAUACCAAGAAAUCCUAAAAGAAUUGGAUGACUACUAUGAAAAGUUCAAGCAUGAAUCUGAUGCAGUCCAAAAAAAGCGUCUUUUGCAGUUCAUCCAGCGAGCUCUUAUUCGUAGUCAAGAACUUGGUGAUGACAAAAUCCAGAUAGUGAGCCAAAUGGUGGAGUUGGUUGAGAACAGGACCAGGCAGGUAGACAGCCACGUGGAACUGUUUGAGACUUGCCAGGAUUUGAAUGACAGUACAAGCAACAGCAGCAAAAACAACCAGGAAAAAUCCAAAAAUGAGGCCAUUGUCCAGACUGAAAAGCCCAGCAAUAAAAGAUCCAGGAGACAGCGGAACAAUGAAAACAGGGAAAAUUCAACCAUCAACCAUGACCAUGAUGAUCUCACUUCAGGAACGCCCAAGGAAAAGAAGGCAAAACCAUCGAAGAAGAAAAAGAGAUCCAAAGCCAAAGCUGAACGAGAGGCCUCACCUGCUGAUCUUCCAAUCGAUCCCAAUGAACCCACAUACUGUCUGUGCAAUCAAGUUUCUUAUGGUGAAAUGAUUGGCUGUGAUAAUGAAGAAUGCCCCAUUGAGUGGUUUCACUUUUCUUGUGUUGGACUCAAUCACAAACCAAAAGGAAAAUGGUACUGUCCUGAAUGUAGAGGAGAGAAUGAGAAAACCAUGGGGAAAGCACUUGAGAAAUCUAAAAAAGAAAGGACAUAUAACAGGUAGUUCACAGAAAAAGACUGUAUUUGGGAAAGGAAGUGAGGCAAACAAUUUUAUUUAUUGUCCAUAGCACCUUGUGAAGGUAAAAGGAUUGCAAAUGGUAUAUUUCUUAUUUUAUGGAAAGGGGCAACCCAUUUCUGAGGCGAGCAAUAACCUUACCCUUCUGUUGAACAGCUCCCACAAGGAAAUCAUUUCAUGAGCCAAAUGACCGCAGUGGCCUGUAAGAUACAUGCUCUCGGCCUUUAUAUAUGGGAAUAGUUCAUACAACAGCUGUGAGCCAUGAUGGGUUAUAUUAGAACUUUUAAACACAAACAUGCAAAGCACUGUCAUCCAUUUAUUUUACAUCUGUAGUGAGUUGUUAAUAAUAUGUAUAUGCCGUAGCACUUGUCCUUUGUCAUUUCAGUAUGCCACAGGUUUAUGGAACUGAACUAGAACUGGAAAGUUCUAGUUUCCAUUCAUAGUUAGGACUGGUAAGAACCAUGUUCUUUGUAAAAUAGGAUGGCGGAUAGUCAAACAGUGGAAGUAGCAUAAGAGGGUUUAUAUUAAAUAGCAACACCAUGGUUACAAGUUACAUGGUAAACAUUUUAUACCGAAGUCUGGCCUGUUAUCUGGAAAAGGCCAUUUUAAAAUAAUUGAUUGCAUUUUUUUUAAUUGAACCACACAGUGGUUUCACACAGAUCAAGCUUUACAUACUGACAGGUAAUGGGGAAGCAAUCCUAAUUUGUAUAAAUGUACAUUUUUAAAUGGAAUUGCACUUGAUGUAUUAUAACUGGAAAUGCAGCCAAAUGCCAUUGUGUAACCAAUGUGCAUUUCCCUUGUGUAUGUGUGAAGAUUGUACAGCUGUGAUAAUGAAAAUAAAAGACAGAUCUAUGGUA